GAAAGAGCGCUACCGAUGAGUUGUGUUGACGACAAGCAAAUCUGAAGUACAAAUGCAUAAAACCUGGUAUUUUUGAUGAUUUUGUUCUUAGUUCAGAUUCGAGCAAGCACUGUUGAUUUUAAGUCAAACUAUAGGAUGAACAUUUUCUGUUAAAGAUUUACAUUAGGAAUUUAUAUAGUGUCUAACUUAGUUUCUAUUUACUGCAGAGUCUGGUUGGUGAUCACCAGUACAAGGGUUGAAGAUUAAUUUGACAAUAGACACACCAGACAAAGGUAAUGUGCAUCCGUUUAAUACGCCUCAGUAUUUGGAUUUUGUUACUCCAAUAAAUUUGAGCAAGUAUGGUGUGGAUGUUUCUCAAAUACGAUCACUGUACUUUGAUGUUAAAGCAUGCCAUGAUGCGAUGGUUAUUUUAGCAAGCACGUCAAGUAUGAAUUCAUCAAAACCAUUUUACCAGCUUAUUCUUUCUGGUGAUUCCAAUCAUGACGGUAAUUGGGAGCUGAACCUGAGACGUCGUGAAGAUAAGGCCUUGCAACAGAAUAGAUAUGACUUUGCUUUCAAAACUAUUAAUGAAGAAAGAUACCGUCUUAAUUGUAAUGAGUAUCGUACAUUCUGGGUCAGCUGGAAGGAGGGAAAAAUAAAGUUGGGAAGAGGAAAACAAACAGGCAACGAUGAAAUUUUCUGGUAUACAGACAAUGACCCCUUUGUAAUAAGAGAGAUAGGUGUAAUAAACGCUUGGGGUUCAACUGGAAAAUGGAAAAUACCGAUUACAAUAAAUGAUCGGUUCACUGGACAAUAUAACAAAUGUCAACGCAAUGAUAUUAAAGCAAAUAUAGAGAUUGUAGAUUCAGUCCAGGCGAUAAGUGUAAUAAGGUGUUCUGCAAUAUGUGAUCUCAUGAAAAAGUGUAUUGGAUUUAACUAUAAAGCGCAAGGGAAAAGAUGUGCGUUACUGAGUGCUGGUGAAAAUGUUCUGACAGAGAUUCCCAAAUUACAUGUACCCGGUUGGCAAUUUUACACGAAGUGUUUUGAGAAAAAGGAAGUGUGCUUAGGCUGCUUAAUAUAAAUUAUUAUUUAAUACAGCCAAAAAAUCAAGAUUUUAAAUCUAAAA